AUGGUUCAAUUGUUGUUGUAUGGCCUUUCCGAUUCGGGGUUAUCAACUCUUUUUCAUCUCUUUCAACUCAUUCCUCAUACCACUCCAUUGGUGGAGUCAUCACCAAGUAUUAAUCAUGGUGAUGGUGAUGGAAGAGGUGUAACUGUAAUGGGAUCACAUGGCUCAACAACUUUGAAAUCUAUACCACAAAGUUCAAAUGUUUCUUCUUCUCCAUCAUCAUCAAGUCUCCGAUCUUCUCCAAUGAAUAUUCCUAAUCAUCAUCGACCAUACCAACAACAACAACCACCGACCAAUAAUGAAGAGGUGAGCACAAGUUCAAAACCUUUCAGUUUUUCGUCCUCCAAUUCUCUUCCAUCAUCAUCUUCUUCCGUGGCAUCCACCGUUUCCUCCUUUGUAGCAUCUCCUUCUUCCGUUCAUCUCCAUCAUCAUCAAAUCCACAACAACAACAACCACAAUAAUACCAAUGAUGACUCCAACAGCCAUUAUUAUUCAACACACACGAACAAUCCUUCUCCAGGGCCACCACUCUCUUCAUCUUCUCUCACGCGUACUUUUGAUUUCUCAACUGCUACUCCCAGCGAUCCUUCUGCACCCUCAGCAACCACAUCUUCUCGUUCAAAGCCUUUGCCUCGUUUGCCAUUGUUUGCUCGGAAACAUCCAUUGCCACCCGCUCGAAGAAGAUCCCUCCGACCACUUCUUUCCCAUUCACUACUUUCUCAUGGUGUUCCUGCAUCAACAACAGCAACAUCUUCCAACAAAGUAUUAGAGUCGGAAAUAUCAAAUGUAAAUGUGAGCUCCCUUAUCCACAAGAUUGAAAGCAACAACCAGACCAACAACAAAGAGAACCUUGGUCCAAUUCUCAAGAAGAGAGUAACUCCUAAUUCCUUGCAAUCAGGAAACAGUGCCACUCCUUUCAUCGCAUCGGAUCAGUAUGCAUCACCAUCGUCUUAUUCCUCUUCUAACAUUACUGUAUUGAAAAAGAGAAGACAUGCCUUCUCUAAUGCUGUUCUUAAGGCUCUACCCUUUGAGUUACUUUCUCAAAUAUUUGUGUGUUUUCGUGUAUUAAUUCAUGAUGCCGAAGCAAAAGGCUAUCUCUACAAAACAGAAGAAGAAUUUCAUCAAUUCCUCAAACAAUUUACAAAUUUAGACAAAUUGAAAAACCCAUCCCAUCCAUCGAGCUCUUUAUCUCAUACCUCAAAGUCCGAAAAACCUUCACUCUAUUGCGAAUAUUGCCAUGCCAUGGCAACUGAGAAGGCACUCGUGGUCAUGAAGGAAGGAAAACUCUCUUGCAAACAACUGAAAUGGAGACUCGACAAGACGGAAGACAUUUUGUCUCGAAUGAAAAAGAUUCACCAGCCUCAACAGUUGGUGAGUGCACAACGAUUGAGAAUUGAGUUUCUCAAUGACUGCAAAGAAUUGUGGGACAAUCAUUUGGGUCUUCAACAUACCUUCCAUUCAUAUACGUUAUUUGCGAGCACUGCUGGCAGUAACAGGUUUCUCUUUCCAAAGGAGGAUCAGUAUCUACGUGAAGUGGCUUCCCACAUUGGAAAUGCCUUCUCAGCCUUUCCUUCCAUUAUGGAAUACAUGGUGAGUCAAUAUUUGUUAAAGAUGCCAUCGAAUAUGUUUGGCCAUGUUGUGGUCAACGAUGGAACUUUAGAUAAUUCUUCUCAAUAUUUAGGUGAAGAUAUUGCACAUGUUCCACUUCAACUGCCCACUGAAGCCAUUGCUCUCAUUAACACGAUGAACAUAUCUCCAGUGGUUGUAGAAAACCAAUCUAUUCAAUCUUCCAUGACAGAUUACAAAUUCAAAUUCAAUUUACCACCACUUUCACAGAUUUCUUCGAGUGCCUCACCAAAUCCAUUGUUGUCGUCCUUAUCAUCCUCAUCGACGAUGGCUUCUGAUCACACAAGUUGCCAAGACAAUCCCUCAGCAACAACAACCAUCUUGAUCACCCCUCAAGAAACUCCAACCCUACCCAACCAACAACAACAGAGGCCACAAGAAGAACAUAAGAAACGAUCGUUGGCAGUGUUGUCUUGCUCUUUUACAACAAAUGCUCACACAGAUUAUUUCAAAUCUGACUCCACAUUACUGUUCUCUGUAAAUUCACAUUUAUAUAACGCAUUGGCUGGAAAUCAUAGAGGCUCUGCAACCCAAGAAGUGGUAGCAGCAGUAAGACCUCUUGUUCUCGACAAGAUUCAAGAACAAAAACCAGUCGUGGAAGAAAAGAAAGAACCACUUUCGAGUCCUCGUCGAUUACUUAGUUUCUUAAAGUCUUUAAAUGUGACUUCAAGCAGUAGUAACACACAAGCAACUGAACAACAUGAACAACCUCCUCCAAAGGUUGUUAAAAAAUCUCCUCCCAAACAGAAAAACAUGAUAUUUAGCAUUAUAACAAUGGGAGGUAUCAAUCCCCAAGUCGUAUUCUCUAAAAAAGAGUGGAUCAUAUGCUGCUACACAUCGAAUGCAAUGGUCUAUGUGGUCAAUUUGUGUGACUUUUUCAAAACCAUUCAAGUCAAAGACCCUUUCAGCGAUACCAUGAUUGAGAAAAAUCGACUUGAAUACUCUCUAGAGAAAUUUGAGCAAUGUGUGAAUGGAAAGUACUUUUCAGAUAUACCCAUCUUGUUAGCAUUUACAUUUGUGGACGUUUUUAAAGAAGCCUUAAAACAAUUCCCACUCAAUGAAACUCGAAAGAAUUCCAUCGAGCAUUUUGUUCAACAACUCAAUCCAGCAGCUCAAGGACAAAAACAAACAGAACCAAAAGUUCCAUCCAUUCAACACAAGUUUGGAGAUUCCACACUCGAAGAGUGGCACACUUGUUGUGAAUUUAUUAUUGAACAAUUCAUUCAUGUAGCCACCUCUCAGGAACGACGAGAAGAAAUGAGAAGAAAUGUUGUCGUGUUGAAUUGCCUAGAUGUCAAGAAGAGUACACAAGUAUUGGUGAAUGAGAUUAUUCUCAAUACUGAUAUCAUGGCUCAUCUACAAUUCAAUGAGCAUUAUUAUGGAACCUCUUCCCAACAGCAUCAUUCUCGAACGCCGAGCAUUCAUGAAAAAUUCAAAAACUCAUCCACCAAUGUUAGAGAUCAUGGUCCUCAGAGUGAUCGCACGCAUUACCGAAGACCACCCUUGUUGAUGGAUCGAACAACGAAUGAUAGUACUUCUCCUCACUCGACAUAUUAUGACUAUUCUCAAUACUAUUAUCGUAGAUGUAAGAAUGUUGAUCCUCUCUCUAUGGUCUCGAGCAAUAAUCAUGAAGCUUCUAAAAUUACCAAGCAGAGAAAACGAAAGGAAAAGCAUGCAAAGGCCACCGCACGAUCGUGGGGAUCUAUUCCAUGGAAUAGACAACCAUCAGCUUCCUCUCAAAAACAACAGGAGAGUGUAGUGGUCGUGUUGGAUGAAGCCUCGGAUCGUUCCUCGGAGGAUGAUAUACAAGUUUUGCCCGAAAAUACUGACACUACAGCAAGAAGAAAGAGAAAAAGCAGCAAUAACUGUCUUUUGCAAUAA